ACUUCUUGUAGUCGCAGCAGAAAAGUGACAAAAGAGCAACAAAAAUAAUGGAGGAGAAUUUAUUGUGAAUUUUUGUGAGAAAAUAUCAUUCUUUUGGCCAUUUGUGUGACUAAAACACCUUAAUGAAAUGUCCAAAACUGUGCGGAAAUGUGUCUAUGGACGGAGACCCCCGUGCUACAUCCUUAGUCGCAUCGAAGAAAGGAGGGCGAAAGCAAGAAUUUUUCGGCAGGAGAGGAGACGGAAACCAGAUAAACCUGAUGAUUUCGUGACAUACGAGGAUUCCGACAGCGAGGAAGAAACUCCACAGCAGCAAAAUGAAAUAUUGAACACCUCAUACAAUUUUGUGGACUACGUCCGGAGCCGUGAAUCGGACUUCAGUGAGGGACGAAGCAUCUGCCAAUCCUACGCAAGUCGACAUAUUCUGACGCACGAUAUGUUUAAGGAGACACCAAUCUCGUUAGGAAAUAUCAAUAAGGUUUUCUGUUCUCAAUGGCUAAGCAAUCGACAGGUGGUCUUUGGCACAAAAUGCAAUAAGCUUAUGGUCUACGAUGUUAAUAUGCGUCGUGUUGAUGCAAUUCCCACGCUGCCUAACAAUCGUAGCAACAAUCCUGACACACAGCACGGAAUCCAUGCGGCUCAAAUCAAUCCUAGUCGAACACUGCUGGCCACGGGAGCAAGACACUCUGCUGAUAUUGCCAUUUAUCGUUUGCCAACACUGGAUCCGGUGUGCAUUGGGGAGAAUGGGCAUAGAGAUUGGGUAUUUGACAUGUGCUGGCUAGACGAUCAGUUCCUCGUGUCGGGAUCAAAGGAUACGAAAGUUGCUCUUUGGCGCAUAAAUGAAGAUCUCAUUGAUGUGCCACAAGCAACGGGGGAGGAUGAGGAGCAAACAUGCCCAUCAUACGGUCACAUUGUUCCCGUUGCGGUGAAAGAAUGUCGCACAGCACAGAAGAUUCGAUCACUUUGCUUCAAUCAAGAGUACAAGGAGAUUGCUGUGCUAUCCCUCAACAGCUACAUCCACCUCUUCAAUGCUGAAACUUUCUCACAAAAACUCUCACGGAAGCUGCCCAAUUGUCAGGAUAACGUGUGCAUUGCAUGCCAACCAAAUGGUCUCUAUGCCGUUGGAUGUCGUUCAUACACACUUCUCCUGGAUCCACGAACCCUUCAGGCCGUGAAGAAGAUUGCAUCACGCUACUCCGGAUGCGGUAUACGCUCAGCUAGUUUUCAGGAAAAUAUUCUCACCGUUGGCACGGGAUUAGGAAUGCUCAUGUUUUAUGAUAUACGAGCAGGAAAAUACCUGGAAAGUAGCAUAAAUUCAUCGAGAACUGUAGUCCUCAAAGCCAGUAAAGGGUAUGUGUUUCCUGAAGAAGAAAUGGAUGGCUUCCAGCAGAUCAAAUACGUUCCAGCAAUUUAUACACACUGCUACGAUGCAAGCGGAACGAGACUCUUUGCAGCCGGUGGGCCGCUCCCGGCAAAUUUAGUGGGAAAUUAUGCGGGCAUCUGGCAAUAAGGUAAAGAAAAAAAACAGCUAAAAGAAGAAAAAUAAUAAAAUGGUUUACUACUUAAUUCUUAAGAUAAAUCCAAAUUAAUAAUUAUUAUGGAACAAAAAGACAGUAAACCAUUUAAUUAUAAAAAAAACAUAAGGCUCAUAAAUAUAUGCAUAUUUAUUGAUGAUACAAAUUAAGUGUAUUUCGUUUUUAUUAUUUUGUUCUCUAAAAUUUAGAAUUUUUUUUUUAUUAAUAAUUUCUUAGCAUAAUAAAGAAACAUUUUAAUUGCAUAUAAGGAGAGAUUAAUUAAAACACUCGUAUAAAGAUAAGCCGUGAGCAUGAUAGACUUUAAUCGAGCGUGUAAACUAAAGAUAAAAAAUAAAUAAAUUACUCUACUUUUUAAAUUUGAA